AUGUCGCUGCUGCCUCCUCCUGGCCACUUAAGAGGAACUUCCAGUUCCUCUCCCAAGGAGGAAUCCUCUGAGCCAGGGAAGCUGAUCUUCAACAGCGAGACCCGGAAUGUGGCAUCCUCCUAUUGUGAAGUCAAGCCCUCAGCUAGGGACAUCCCAUGCAUCCGUGCAACCACUGGACACAUACUCAAUAAAUAUCUACAGGUGUCUGCUCCAAGAUUUGACAAGAUUCCCUGGUUUAGUGAGGCCAGCUUCAUGAACAAGCCAUUAGUACUCAGCCUCCCCAAAAGAUAUCCUCAUUCCUCUGCCACUUUUCUGGUUGCAUCCAAGAAGGAUAUGAAUUUGCCAAUUUUGUUCCAAGUUCCAGAUGUCUUAUCUAAGGCCAGGUGGAACCAGAAUGACCCCACACUGAUCAGAAACAAGCAGCUGUGCUCCACAUGUCGAGAUGUGAAAAUGGUGCAACCAAAAACUCUGAUAAUCCCAGAUGAUCUGAAACAAUCCUUUGCAAAUAUUAUGAAUCAUAGAAUGAUGAGUCUCCAUCCACCAAAAGCCCAGACUGUACCCAAACGUUCUUGUGAUGACAUCCUAACAGAGAACGUUCACUACAGACUGCCCAUUCUGGGCCCCAGGACAGCUGUCUUCCAUGGACUGCUGUCAGAUGCCUAUGAAACACUGCGGGAGACAGAACUCUCUUCCUUGCCCAGCAAAGAACCAGUGAGCAAAGCAGUGAAUCAGUGAGUGGUGGGAACGCAUCGCCUUCCAGAUGCUGAGAGAAAGCCGCCUCACCAAGCGAGUUUCUGACACUGGUGCCUUCACGUCACUACCUCUCAGUAUGAAGAAGGUGACUCAAUUUUGCCUUCCUAACCACUGUUAAAAUUCUAGCUUUUACCAUUAUCUUCUCAUUUCUCCUAAAGAUAAAAUAGUUUAAUGGACAUGAUUAUAAACGUGGUGAUUAAAAUGGAACAUUUUGAGUGUCA